AUGGAUGGAGAGGGUGUUAGAGAGUCGGCGCUUAAGCUGUAUACCGAUGUCCUGACGGGCCUUGUACAAGACCGGGCAAGCGCGUGGAACCAGUUGCGGUUCCUCAUAUCUUCUCUGAACGCUCAAAACGUGGAGGAGAAUGACGGAGUCUUCAAUAUACUGGCCGACUUAUGUUGUGAGAUUUGUUAUCAGGACCUGUGUACUGGUUGUCCGGAGGAGCUGCUUGUGGGCUUAGCUCAAAGUCCAUUGGCAAUUCAGCUGGGAUUUUGUUGUUCAGUUAUACAGAGGUUGUCUAGUGAGGAGGUCCCGUCGGAGUUGGGUAAUGUGUUGUGUUUCUUACAACGGUUGUUGGGCUCGCUGGCGACGCCGGAUGCGCUGUUAUGCAGUCUGUCGCAGGACCGAAGUGUGUGCCACACGUUGGAGGUGUUGUACAGGGAAAUAUACGACUUAGAGGAGAGGGUUCCCAGCGCUGCAGUGACGUUGUUUGCCGGCUCGACGUUACACCCGGGCGUGUUACUAGGUCGGCCGGAGGUGGUUAGGUUGAGCCAACAUCCCGAGUUGACCGCCAGCAUGCUUUUGCUCGGCGGAGCACUGCUGCCGAAGUGCUCGACAACCGAGGCGCAGCCCAGCCUCCCUGAGCUCAUGGCGCUCGUCGAACGCUUCGACUGGUGCAGCGUCACCGACGAGACGGCCGAUAUCGAACUCGUAUCCGCUUGGUUCGCCCUGAUGAUCCAACUAAUCGUACGCCAGGUCAAGGCCGGCCAAGGCGGGGCCAACACGUUGGAUGCGGAAGGGUACGAGCGGCUGUUUUAUAUCUGCCUAUCGGCUUUAGCGAUCAAUCGCUUGGGCAUGACGGCAAAGGUCAUGACCGAACCUGUGGACGUGGGAUUGCUGGCCUUAAGUGAAACACACACCACCGAGUUGACCGCGAUGACUAGCGGAAUCGAGGCGCUACUGUGUCUGCUGCAAGAGCACUUGGUGCCGGUAGUGGUGAAGUGCUUUGGAACCGCGGCUCCUGAGACAGCCGAAAUUCGGUUGGUCGGAGAUACCAAUUUCGUGCGCAGAAUCGUAGAAUGUUCGGGAAUCAUUGAGACCGGGUUGGAAAGUGUUGUCACCGACUGGUUGGUAACCGACGCGCUCUGCUUCAUGGCAACCAACCUGCGCUGGUAUAACGUUAACGUGGACUUCGAGCUCAGCCGCGGUGCGUUGCGCUCUUACUUCGUUGCGCAGCUCGACGACGUCGGACGCACUAUUAACGAAAACGUUCCCAGUACGGAGAACUGGAUCCGCGCCUUCCUCCUCUCCACGCUACUCCGUCUGCUUUCCGCAGACCUCUCCGUCGACGAACUCUUACGACUCUCGCAACUGCUCGUCAGCCCCGCCUGGUGGACUCCAGACUCGCACCAAAAGCGCCUCCAAAGUGCUUACGUCUGUUGCCACCUUGUCGAACAGCUAGUGUCUGUCCAGACCGUCCAAGUUCUCUCUCCGGAUGACCAGGAAAACACGCCUACCCAACCCAACGUCUUCGAACAAUUCGCCGCCCGUAUCGCUCAAGAUCCUGCUCUCCUCCAAAUACUCAUCAUUGUCUGGACCUGUAAGCCCCCUCCUUCCGACCCCAACUUCACUUCCCCCCCUCCCCCCGGGUUCCGUUUCCCAAGCUAA